GACUGUUCACUCAACUAAUUUUGCAAAACAGCUGAUUUCAGGCGGUUUAACGUAUACAUGCCUUAUUCCAGGCGGUGUGCAUGAAACUGUUGGUAACACGCCUAACCAUAAUUUGGGAAGGGCUGCCUACUUUAGAGAGCGGUACAAAAACUUAACUCCAGCCGAGAGGGAGCUUAAUCGUGAACACCUUAGGUUGUAUAAUAAUACACCAAAGCGGAAAGGGUCAAAGAUAGAGUACAUAAGAAAACGUAGAGCACUGUUGGCUGACACAUUGAGUCAGGAGUCCAUCGCCAUGGAGUCCCCAACAUAUACCCCUGAGGUUGUACACCCUACAACAGAUGCAAUUGAACCUAAUGGAUCCGCUCUUACCCCCUCCGACUGGGUUAUCCCUGAUAUCGCCAGUAACCCGUUCCUACCAGCUUCAACACAGACUGAGGAUGCCGAUUCACUGCGUAUGUCUACUAGACCACUAAGACGUAAACAACAUGUGCCACGUGGUGAAAGACAAGCUAUCUUAGCCCGUCGAAACCGGCAAUUUGAAGCAUCCAUUUCAAGGAACAUGGCUAAUGUGGCUGAGGAUAUUAUUAGUGAUGCCGAGGAAGAGGAUGAUUCGACACAAACCCAUAUGUCUGCAAAGAUCAACAACAAUGUUGAUGACGAUGACGGUGUCGUAUUUGAAGACGAUGCUGAUGAGAACGAGGGAUACCUAUUCGCUGGGCAAUAUGAGGAUACUGAUGAGGAUAUAGAGAUCGAUGGUAGUCAAGAUGAAUCGAGUGCCACUGAUGUUCCUGACCCGUACGACAAGGUGUAUAGCAACAUCCCUGAAGAAACACAUAUGCUAAAGACUGUUCCCAACUGCGGUUAUUGCACCGCGAAGAAGUUUGAGUAUGAGACACCUGGUUUUUGUUGUCGUGGUGGGAAGGUUGAACUAGCCCCACUUGAGACCCCUCCCCAACUCAAGAGGUUGUGGGAUAGUGCAGACUCUGAUGCUAGGCACUUUCGUGAUAACAUUAGGUUUUUAAUGGCCAUUUUUCUUUCACUUCCCUAUACUGUUGCCUCGAUAGUAUGACAACUAAUGUAAGGGAUUCUGGUAUAUACAUGUUCAGAGCACAGGGCAUGAUGUACCACAAUAUCAAGUCCUUUGGUAGGGAGGGUGGGGCAGAGCAUAAACACCUUGAGCUUUACUUUUAUGAUGAUGAUCCCACUCUCGAGCAUCGGUACCGUAAGUGUCGCGAAGAGCAUCAACAGAAAGACAAAGAGGUUAUUCGACAGAUAGUCGACAUACUACGUGGAAACCCGUACUCGGAGCACCUUAGGACCAUGGGCCACGUUGAUAACCUUGAUGACUAUCGUAUCGCAUUGAACCUAGACCAGACGUUGAACCAGAAGACAUAUAACACACCUCUCACUUCCGAGGUGGCCGCUGUCUGGAUCGAAGGGAGCGAAGGGCGAGGCCAGUUCAGCAAGAGUGUUAUGCUCCAUGGGAAGGACAGUUCAAACCACUGCAUCCGCUCAUACCAUGGAUGCUACGAUGCACUAUCAUAUCCAUUGUUCUUCCCUAGAGGCGAACUUGGAUGGCAUGCAAAUAUCCCAAAGGUUGGAGUAUCCAUGGACGAAGUUGAUGCAUAUCGUGCGACACAUAGGGCAAGUAAUGCAAAUGAUGAAGAUGCAGGUUAGUUGUUUCUUUAUAAUUUGCGCAUUAUUAACUUUCUUUUCAGCAUCACUCACUUUAUAAUCCUUGCGUAUGCAGAAUCUCCAAGCCAUUUAUGUGUGUCUGUACGUGACUACUAUUGCUACAAAUUCCAGAUUCGCCCCGGGGUAUUCAAUCCAAUACUUCAUGGAAAGCGGCUUUUCCAGCAGUUCGCGGUCGACACGUACAUAAAGAUUGAGAGCUCUCGUUUAGAUUACAUACGCAGGAAUCAGGAUCGGUUAAGGGCAGACCUGUACCAGGGCUUGGUGGAUAGCAUGCUAGAUGGAGAUAUUAGAGCAGAGAAGGUUGGCAAGCGAACUGUGUUGUCGACGUCGUUUAUUGGCGGUCCUCGUGACAUGAGACGUCGGUAUAUGGAUGCUAUGGCUCUGGUGCGGAAGUUUGGUAAA